GCUGUUUUGUGUCCUUCCCUGUGGCCAUGGGCUUCGGGGCGAUGGCACUGCGAGCGCUUGCUGUGCUGACUUCUCUGAGGACGGUUCAGCCGUUGCCAACGGACUGCUCGAAUGUUGUCUUCGAACGUCCCUUGAAGCCUUUGACAGAUCCCAUGCAGCACAAUGGCCAGGCCAUCCGUGAUGUUUGCUUCUGGGAGAGCGCCACCCGACAUGUGAUGGUGAUAGGUGAUUGGGGCGGUGUGCAGUACACGGAGGAGAUGCCCAUCAUGCCGGCGGACCAUCGAUCGCACCUCUUCCCUAAGAGGGCUCGACACUUCGUGCGGGGAGUGGAUGACUAUGCUCAGCACCGCGUUGCUGUGGCGAUGCUGAAUUUGUCCAUGUACGAGCCGCCAGAUUAUGUGUUGAAUGUAGGAGACAACUUUUACUGGGGCGGAGUAAACUCCACUUGCAACGACAAUGCAUUCCUCACCGGAUUCAGCUGGAAUCAGUGGGGCCCCAUUUUCGAGCAGAUGUACAGAGGCGGCGGAUUGGAUGGCAAGCAGUGGUUGGGUGUCCUUGGAAACCAUGACUAUGGAGGCUUCAAGUUUAAUUCGGGCUGGCACGAGACGAUCUUCUACACUUGGGCAGGUCACCACAGUACUGGACGAUGGUUCACACCUGCACAGUUCUAUCAGGUGAAAGUGCGCUACUUAGACUUCUCCAUCGAUUAUUACUUCGUGGACACCAACGUGAACAAUGCGUGGAACUUCAAUGCAUCAGAUCCCAAAGACGGGCACAACAUCUGCAGCGAGUCGCACAACUCGCAAGGAGGGUGCUCCAUUACAGGACCUGUGAGCCAAGAUGCAUGCCACAGUUGGUUUGAGAGCCUCUGGGAAGUGCAGAAGAGGUGGUUAGAUGAUCGCCUCAAAUUGUCGAAAGCCGACUGGCAAAUCGUGGUCUCUCAUUUUCCGCCAGAGUACAAUGCAGACUUUUGGACCGAGAUAGGUACUAGGUAUGGGAUCGAUUUGAUCAUCUCUGGUCAUCGGCAUUACCAGAAACUCUUGUUGCCAGGUGAGACCACAAAAACUGCUCCAGCCUUUCCUUUCGCCACCAUUAUCUCUGGCGGCGGUGGCGGAAUCACUUCGGACCGUAUGCCGGAACUCAAGGGUGACGACGAUGCCUAUGGUUUCUUUGAUUUGUUCCUCAGUAGAUCUUCGAUCCGUGUGAGAGCGUUUUCACAUACAGGGCGACUUCGGCGCUCUGCAGAUGUGACUCCGGUGCAGGCCAAGACAGCUGAGUCGGAGUUUGCAACAUAUCGGAUCUGAGCGGUGAGCUGAUGCCAAAAUCUUCC